UACAAUCAUCUGCUCAUUUUCAACAGCUUACAAAAUGCGCUAACCAAAAUGUCUACAACAAAAGCGAUGAUCAUUUUUCAAUUCUAUCUCGUUUCAGUUUUCUCGUUGGUCACGUUGGUUUCGUUGGUUUAUGCUACUGGUCAUGAAAGUCAGUCUGGCUUGUUCACGGUUCAUCCAUCUAGACAUUCCCUAAAAACAGUGUUGAAAGCAGUACAAGUUGUUGACGACUUCGGGUGCAUAGCCGAGUGUUCUCGCGCAAAGGAGUCAUGUUCAGCCGUGAAUUUUCACAAACGCAAGUCGCCGGACGGCAAGUUCCUGUGCCAACUGCUGGCUGAUCGUGGUGACAAGACGGCUUUAAUCGAGCAAGACGACAAUUACGAUUUUAUUCGAAUGGAAAAGCAGUUUGCCGAUACAACGCACGAUAAUGAUACGGGUUUCGACCUUGGUACUGGGGGAAAAGGUUGGACUGUCGCUCAGAGGCGCGUGGACGGCUCGGUAAAUUUUGAUCGUCCCUGGGUCGAGUACAAGCAGGGGUUUGGUAACAAGGAAGGGGAGUUCUGGUUAGGGCUGGAGAAGAUACACGCUAUGACGUCACAGAGGCGGUACCGACUGCGAUUCGACAUGGAGGACUUCGAGGGUAACACGAGCUACGCCGAGUACGAUGACUUCAAAGUCGCAGAUGAGCCGAACUAUUAUCGAUUGGAAGCUAUUGGAAACUAUACAGGAGAUGCUGGCGACAGCUUGAGGCUUAAUCUCGGUCAUAAUUUUACAACUAAAGACUUUGAUAACGAUGACUUUUGUGGUGCAAACUGUGCAAUGAUGAAGAAAGGGGGCUGGUGGUUUACAAACUGUACAGACGCCAGCCCUAAUGGUGAAUACUCAACGGCAGCAAAGGAUGUGUUACAGGAUGGCAUGUAUUGGAGGGCCUGGCGCAAUUGGCAGGCUUUACGGAAAAUAUCAAUGAAAAUGCGACCAUUCUAGUGCAAAAGAAGUGAACUAUCAAAAAUACUAGAAGUAAGUGACUAAAUACACUUUUUAUCAAGAUAGAAAAAACAUAUUUAAGUGAAAUUUCUUGUGAUAGCUGACAAUAACGACACCUUUGUCCCAUCUAAAUAAAUAAAAGAAGAAUAACCCGG